CUUAGAAAAAUAAGCUUCUAGUGGCACCUGGCAGCCUUUGUUUACACGAGGCGUGACUCCCAGCGUGUCAUCAUAAUUAACCUGUUUUUUACCUGUAAUUAACGCCCCCCUCACCUGCCAAGCCUCUCAGGUGUUUCCAGGUGUCCAGUCCAUCAGCACCCCAGACUGUGCACACCAUGGCUCACCCUCCCCAGCUGCAGGACUUCAAGGCUAAGAUAAGCACAGAGGACCGAAGUGCCCCGCCGACCUGCAUUCUGGACAUGACGGUAGCUAAGGAUGCAAAGAAGGAUGACCUGGAAGAGUACCAGUUUAGGCUGAGUCCCGAGGUCCUCUCCAACACCAUUGACUCGCUCCUCAAGGUCCGGUCGCAGCUUGACGCCAUCGCUCAGAAAACGAAGGAGUGAAGCAGCGAAUUAAAUAGAGGAAGAUAUUGGAGUUUUAGCGUUCUUUUUUAAAAUUUAUUUCAUCUUUUUCCCUUGAUUUUCUUCCUUUUUUUCUGUUCCUUUUCUUUCCCCCUUUUUUUUUACUUAAUUUCUUUCCUGUUCCUCAGUUUGUAUAUACUUUUUUUCUUGUUUCUUUUCUUCUUUUAUUUUUACUUGAUUUUCUUCCUAGUCUUCUUAAUCAUCUUCAUUUUGUAUAUACCUCUUGUUCCUGGUCUUUUUCCUCUUUUUCUUUACUCCAUGACUCCACAAUCUAAUCAAUCAAUAAAUCAGUCUUUUUAUUUGCCUUAUUCUAAUUCUUCUUGUACUUCCUCUCCAUUGUCUUCUUUGCUAAUUACAUGAAAUGCCAAGGAAUCAAUUGAGGCAAGGCGGACAAGCCAUCAAAAAACUCAUUACUCAUCCCAGCAGAGUUACGAGUCAGUUAUAAGAAGUCUCAAGUCACCCCAAGAAGUUACGAGCCAGCCAUAGAUAGUCAUAAAUCACCCCAAAAAAGUUACAGAUCAGUCACAGAAAAUCGCAAAGGUAAACAACAUCAUCAUGGAGUCGGUUGAGGCCAAGGACGGCUUCUCCUUUCGGCCGCAGCGAGAGAAGAGACAGACCAUGCUGCAGCCGCUCUCCCCCCCGCGGCAGUGGCGACAGCAGCAGCAGCCCAAACAGCACGCCAAGAGGAGGACUCAGCAUCUGCGGCACAAUGCAGGUGCAGAGACGGGCAAGUACCCCCUACUAGAGUACACAGACUUCGUGCAGGUUCAGAUGGAGGCGGAGGACCACUUCAACAAGAGCUUCACCUUCACCCCCUCACCGGCCUGGAAGCUGCCCCCGACGCAUACCAUGUUCUCGGCUCCUAUCUGGCAGGAGAAGGAGCUACAGGGGAUGAAGGCAGCCCUGAACACCGUCAAACAGCAGCUGAGCACCCAGGACGUGGCGGUCUGGCACACCCACACCACCAACACCAACCCAAGCCAGCGAGUUUGUCACACGCUGAAGCGACGCGUCCAGCCAGAGCUACCAACACAGGCAUGGCUCAAGUUUUAUGAGAUCGUCAACGCUUACCCUAUAGUGCCCAGUGAGGAGGAUGAGGAAGGGGAGGUGGAGGGUAUUAGCGGCGGUGAUGGAGGUAGUCCUGCUAAGGGAAGACUCAGCACUAGCUUGGAUGACGAGGGGGGCGCGGUUUUCAACUCGGUGCAUCUCUGUGAGGCUCCAGGGGCCUUCAUUGCUGCCCUGAAUCACUAUUUGGCCCUCAACCAGCCCUCCCUGAAGUGGCAAUGGCUCGGCAGCACCCUCAACCCUUACUACGAGGGCACACCACCGGCACAAUGCGUAACACACGACCGCCUUAUCUACCACACCCUGGAGAACUGGUGCUUUGGUACAGACAACACCGGCGACCUCAUGAAGCAGAGCAACGUGCGCAACUUACUCCUGAGGGCUGAGCGACUGGGACCCAUCAAACUGGUCACUGCCGAUGGGAGUUUCGACUGUCAGGCAGACCCAGCGGAGCAAGAACGCAUGACGCACCCUUUGCAUAUGUGUGAAGCUGCUGUGGCGUUGUCAAUCCUAGCUGCCGGGGGUUCGCUAGUGCUUAAGAAGUUUACACUGUUUGAGAGCGAGACUAUCUGCCUUAUGUACUUCCUAUGCUGUGUGUUUGAGUGUGUCCACGUGUACAAACCAGCCACAAGCAAGCAAGGAAACUCCGAAGUGUAUGUAGUCGGUCUGAAGUACAUUGGGAGGGAACGUAUCACUGAGCACUUGGAGAAGAUCAUCAGUGCUGCGCUAAGUGAGAAUCCUCCUGGUAAAGCCAUGUUCCAAGAGGCUGACUUACCUGAGGACUUUAUGAAGCAGGUGAAGGAGUGUUCAUCGCAGUUCAUGGCCUACCAAACGGAGUCCAUCAAGCGAAAUUUAGAGCUGUUCCGAGCCAUGCCAGAAAGGGAGAAGCAGCUGAAUGAGUUACUGAAAGCCAAGGCCACAGCGCUGUUCUUCGAGAGGAAUUACUGCGCGCCGAUUCCCAAGUGGCGAACGCUCACGCAAGGCCUCGCCAACCAGACUAGGCCCUUCCUGGAAACGGACUGGAAUAAGGUCUCGAGUUCCCUUCUCAUGAGGAGCCAAACCUAUGCAUCCAAAUUCGGCGUCCUUGGCAAGUUCCUCAAUAAGUUCGAUGAGGAUUAUACAGACGACAAGAAGACGCUGGUGGAUGGGAUGGAUUUGUGCGUGUCCUCAUUCAUUCCACAAGACCUGUCAGAGCUUAAACUUGAGGUGGUGAGGGGCAAGCCAUUCCAGUGUAUUGAGUCGUCCAAAUUCUGCUCGGAGAUGAUUCUGAGGGUGACUAGAGAGCUGUACAUCUUAUGGGAGUCAAAACAGGCAGCUCACAUCAACACCCUACAACUCGAUGACUCCUUCGCCACAUCCGUCUUGACUCUCCAUCCCGAGGCCAUUCUGAUAAAGGGUGAAGACACAUUGGGGCUUCAUCCAGGCUGCCAGGCUUUGGAGGAAGUGAUAAGGAUGCUGGAGGAUGGAGAUGAGAUGCAGAGACUUCCCAUAGGAGGAUCUGUGGCGAUAGUCGGUGCUCCACUCCUCUCUCGGUUACAGUAUGGCCUUCUCCUGAUCCUAGCCUCGGCCUUUACUCAAGUUAAGGUCUACAGGAACGUGAAAGUAAGGGAGAACUUGCCGGUCUUAGUACUGGAAGGUCUGAAGUCUGAAGAGGCAGCGUUAGAGGUUGUGCAAUUGGUUCGUGGACUUGGCUCGACUGGGGGAGGUCAAGGACUUAACAAGGAGAUUCUUCAGGUGCUAGCAAUGUCCAGUCUCCUCCAGGAAAGGCCAUUAACGAGCCUCCACCACUAUAAUGUUCACCUGUGUGCCUACCUUGCUCAGGGCGUGCAAAAGUGUAUCACUGCUGCUUCUUCUCAGGUAGAAGAGAUGUGAAAAGAAAGGUGGAAAGAUGAAAAAGGUGAUGGAUGAUGAAAUGAAAGAAAAAUUGGGAGUUGAAAAAAGGAAAUGAAAGAAAAUAUAGACAAAGAAAGUCCAAAAAAAGAAAAACAAGGAAUGAAAGAAAAAAAUGAUAAAAGAAAGGAGAUAAAAGUGGAAGAAUGAAAUUAUACCUACUAGAAAAAUGAAAAUUGAUAAAACAAAAAAUGAAAGGUAAAAAAUAGAUAGACAAAAUAAGUUAAUGAAAAUAUUCAAGGAAAAAAGAGCAAGGAUGAAAAUGAAACAAGUGAAAAAGUAUAGUUGAUGCAAGAAAAGAAGUGAAAGAAAAAAAGUGACUAAGAAAGAUUUGAUUUUUAUGAAGUGAGAGGAUUAAACUAUUUUUAUCAAGUUUAGAGGGUAAGAAUUUUGCAACUUUUGCAUGCUACGAAUUUUUUUUUACAUGUAUAGUUAAAAUUCAUGAAAUUAAGAUAUUUUAUGGACAAUUUGUAAUUUUGCUGCUACAGUAAAUGAUCCUCCAGCAUCAA